AUGUCGUCCGCUCCCGCAUGCAAGAAGCUUCUCAUCUUUGGCGCCACCGGUCUGGUCGGGAGCCGCAUCACCAGGGAGAUAGUUCGGAACAAAAGCCAGUUCGAGCGGAUUGCCAUCUUCACGUCUCGCACGACGGUUGAAAGCGCCACGAAAUCCGAGCAGAUCGCCAGUCUCCAGAAGGAGGGCGUCGGCGUCAUCGUCGGCGACGUGACGAGCGCGGGCGACGUGGCGAGAGCGUAUUCCGGCAUCGACACGGUCAUCUCGUGCCUGGGCCGGAAUGCACUUGAACAUCAGAUCGAGCUUGUGCGGCUCGCCAACGAAAGCCCGUCUGUGCACCGAUUCUUCCCGUCCGAAUACGGCACCGACAUCGAGUAUGGCCCGUCGUCGGCGCAUGAGAUCCCGCACCAGAAGAAGCUCAAGGUCAGAGCCGCUCUCCGGGCCUGCGAUCGCCUCGACCAUACUUACGUGGUCACCGGCCCGUAUGCGGACGGAGACCCCGGCCUCUAUUUCAGCGCCAAUGCGUCCGGCAAGCAGGCCGGCAGUUUCGACGUCAAGAAUAAGGAGGCCGUGCUGCUGGGCGAUGGGAAUCUCAGAAUCAGUUUCACCACCAUGCACGAUGUGGGUAAGCUAGUGGUGCUUGCCGCCCUGCACGCAGAUUCCAGCCGCAACAAGGCCCUGCGGGUCAAUUCGUUCACCGUGACCGACUCGGACAUCCUCCACGAAUUCGAGAGGCAGACCGGCGGUCAAGCGUGGAAGGUGUCAUACACGAGCCUGGACGAGUUGAGAAGGCUGGAGAGGGAAGCUUUGGAUGCCGGCAAACCCUAUGCGGUCCUCUUCACGUUGAGGAGAAUCUGGGCAGAGGGGGGCACCUUGUACGACAAGCGGGACAACCAUCUCAUCGACGCCGAGCAUGUCGUCGACACCUUGGCAGAUGCAGUGGCGGAAGCCAUCAAGGUUCAGACGAGCUAA